CACCGUGGACCGGACCUACUCCGACCCGGGCCGGCACCACCGCUGCAAGAGCCGGUGUAAUUUGCUGUUGCUGAUUUUGGCUGUGGGCGAAAAUAGCUCUCAGAGCAAGCAGCAGAGACGAGCCCUGUAGUGCUUCGAGAUGAAGACGGAGGCCGCAGCCUGAGCGCCGGUCCCUCCGGGGAGCGGACGCCCCCGUGGGCUCGGGAAGGUGGGGGGGACCUUGGCUCUCCCGGGCAGUUCGGCCCUCGGCGUGUCGUCCUCCACCCUGGCACUUGUUCUGGCGGAGGAACCUGGAGUUGUGCUUUGCUAACUACUCGUUCGAGAUCGCAGCAUUUGAGUGUCAGCCUCCCUGUAUGAAGUCCACAGUUUUGUAGCAGUUUGUUAUGAAAAUGACCAUGAACUCCAUUUGGAAGAAAACAUUGGUGAAAGAUCAUUGGUUACCUACAGUGAGAAAUUUUUGGAAGGAUGUCUGCUGGUUAACACAGAGUUAACCAGGAAGAAAGGUAGAGCGACAUGACAUGAACACCCUAAGCCUGCCCCUGAACAUUCGCCGAGGGGGGUCUGACACCAACCUCAACUUUGACGUACCGGAUGGCAUCCUGGACUUCCACAAGGUCAAACUCAGUGCGGACAGCCUGAAACAAAAAAUUCUGAAGGUGACAGAGCAGAUCAAAAUCGAGCAGACGUCCCGCGACGGCAAUGUUGCAGAGUAUCUGAAACUAGUCAACAGCGCAGACAAGCAGCAGGCGGGCCGCAUCAAGCAAGUCUUUGAGAAGAAGAAUCAGAAGUCCGCUCACUCCAUUGCCCAGCUUCAGAAGAAGUUAGAACAGUAUCAUAGAAAGCUCAGGGAGAUCGAGCAGAAUGGAGCCUCCAGAAGCGCAAAGGACAUUGCCAAAGACAACCUGAAGGACGUGCCGCACUCCCUGAAAGAUGCCCACGCGAAGUCUCGAACUGCUCCCCACGGCACGGAGUGCGGUAAAUCGGGCAUGCCGGGCGUGUCCCUCACCCCGCCCGUGUUCGUCUUCAAUAAGUCCAGGGAGUUUGCCAACCUGAUCCGGAAUAAGUUUGGCAGCGCCGAUAACAUCGCUCACUUAAAAAAUUCCCUGGAGGAAUUUAGGCCUGAAGGGAGUCCGCGGGCCUAUGGGGGCAGCGCCACCAUUGUGAACAAACCCAAGUACGGCAGCGAUGACGAGUGUUCGAGUGGCACGUCGGGCUCCGCCGACAGUAACGGGAACCAGUCCUUCGGGGCCAGCGGAGCCGGCACGCUGGACAGCCAGGGCAAGCUCACCAUGAUCCUGGAGGAGCUGAGGGAGAUCAAGGACACGCAGGCACAGCUGGCCGAGGACAUCGAGGCGCUGAAGGUGCAGUUUAAGAGGGAAUAUGGUUUUAUUUCUCAGACGCUGCAAGAGGAAAGAUACAGGUACGAGCGACUGGAAGACCAGCUGCACGACCUGACGGAUCUGCAUCAGCACGAGACAGCCAACCUGAAGCAGGAGCUGGCCAGCAUCGAGGAGAAGGUGGCCUACCAGGCCUAUGAGCGCUCACGGGACAUCCAGGAAGCCUUGGAAUCCUGCCAGACUCGCAUUUCUAAGCUGGAGCUCCACCAGCAAGAGCAGCAAGUCCUGCAGACAGACACCGUGAAUGCCAAAGUGCUCCUGGGGAGGUGCAUAAACGUGAUCCUGGCCUUCAUGACUGUCAUCCUAGUGUGUGUGUCUACCAUUGCCAAGUUUGUCUCGCCCAUGAUGAAGAGCCGCUUCCACAUUCUCGGCACUUUCUUCGCCGUGACUCUUCUUGCGAUAUUUUGUAAAAACUGGGACCAUAUUCUGUGUGCCAUAGAAAGGAUCAUAAUACCCAGAUGAAGCCGCGGGUUCCUGUCUUCAGGUUCUUUCAGAUUUAUGUUUUAAAGAAAACUGUGCAUCCUACCAAAUUUUCAAAUGAACGGGGUUGUGCUGACUCGAGGUGACCAGGCCUGGGCUGUGCAUUGUAAAUAACUACAGUUCCCUUCACACGGUAGUACUUGCCGGCUCAGUCCCCAUCCUUAGCGAAUAUGAAUCUGUUUCAGAGCUCUCCCCACGUCACUCACUGCCUUAAUCACACCAGAUCUUCUGCCCACCUGACUAGCCCAGCAUGGCCAGCCUCUGGUUAUUGAGCAUUUGGCAUAAUUAAUGAUCCAGAAGAAAAGGGAUUUUAAGUCUCUGUCUCUCUCUUAAGUCUCUAUCACAGUCGAGCUUCACUGUUGCUUGUGGUUGCAUUUUUUCCCUGAGUCCUGUUAGCAGCAAGGAUGUAGCAGGACUUGGGGAGGGGAAGUACACGCACUGGCCACGGUGAACCCUCGUGGCCUUUGAAAGUACAGAAAAUCCUGUGUCAUCCAGUCCACUUGUCCAGAGGACCCUAGGCCCCACCUGUUCCCAGUGUCCAUAGCGGUCAGUCGUGCGUGACUCACAAGUAACACGGAAAUCUUACGACACGCCUGUUGAUCCAUCAGACGUCUAACUUAGAUGUUUUGUCUUGCACUUUAAAUGGUAAGAUGCGAAGAUUUAUGAGUGGGGCUUUCACCUUCUAACAUCCAGGGAGCCACACAUUGAUUUUAUCUGAAGUGGCCGUUGAAUGCCUUGCCUUCAAGCAUGUAGAAAUUCUUCCAAAUCCCACAUCAAGCCAUGGCUUGAACAUCAGGGUCCAGUAAGCACGACUCUGGAGGUUUGUAUUUCAGCACAUCUUAAUUGUGAUAGACCCCCUGUGAGGAUGUGAUUCACUCUAUUCCCUGGCUUGCCAGGGAUCGCAAAUCUCACUCCACAAAUGAAAACAAAUGAUGCUCGUGUCGUGGGGUUUUUGUUUUUCUUUAAGACAACAGAAUUGUACUUUUAUAAAACGAAAGUGCACUGAGGUAGGCGCUCUGGAAGCAGGAGGGAAAUAGGAUGUGUGGUCUAAUGGGGUGGCAGUCGGAUCAGGGGGAGCAGUCGACCUGGAUGGAGACUGAGAAGGUCCUCUUAUGACCCUGUGAGACCAGCCGGAAUCACAUAGAUUGAUCCAGUGUCCAAGCGAAGGCUGUCUGUCACCUCUCGGGAUCUUCCUGGAGACAAGGGCCCAGGUAAUAGAGGGGCCGCGCUUCUUCCCCUGAGGUGAAAGCAUUCAGAAGUUAAUAUCCUCAACCUGCUUGAGGGAUUCUACUCCCUACUUUCAGCCCAGAUGAUACUCCCCUUUAAAUCUUUCUCUCUGUACCUACUGAAAAUGAAGUUAGAAGAUUUUAAUGGAAACGGCUGUUCAGUCCUGCCUCCUGCCACCCGCUCUGUUCUCUGAAGGCGUAAAGAUGUAUGUUAGUGUACAUUUUCUUCCAGAAAACAUCAAAUCGCCUGGAUUUAAAUUAAGUGCAAUAUUUUGCGAACAGCUGCUCUUGGGGAAAUCUCCUGAAAAAAAAAAAUGUGACAGUGCGCCAUGGUUUGAGAGAGUGGAACAGUCGAGCAUUUGGUACAAGUCCAGCGUGUGUGAGACUUAGACAACUCAAGCUUUCUUCUUUUAACUUGACAGUUCAGUGGUUUUAGUAAAUUCACAAACUUCUUCAACUGUCCCCACUAUCUAAUUCUGGACUCAAGCUUCUUAAAAACAGUAACGAUCAUUUCGUGAAAUCUUUGGCUGUUAAGCAUCUUGGAUUCAGGGAAGACGGAGUCAGCAGCCCUACCCCCAUCUCAUGGCCGUGUCCCCUUCCACCAUCAGACUCGCCCUUGUUCUGCCAAGUUGGCUGUAAAUACACUGUGAUCCAUCAAACCCAGGGGACGGAAAAGAGUUCCAGAUCCAGGGAUGGGAGGGAGAAAGAACGGUGUGCUUUCUUUCACUUCUGUAUUUUAAUGGCCAGCAUUCUCCUUCACCUGUGGGCGUCAGUCUCCAUUCGGCUGAGGGCUGGAUGCAGCUUCCACCUCUGGGUCCUGGUGGGCGCCUCUCAAUUUCUGCGCAUCUUUCUGAGGCACUUUGCAUAUGCCAGAGGUUGCGGCGGAUGUGGAUACUGCUGUUAUUUUUUAGAGAGAGGGAGAGAGAUUUCUAGCCCUUUGAGGUUAAGGGUUGCAGGGGAGGACCCAGGACGUGGGUCUGCUUCACUGGCCACCACGCUCCACUCGACAUUCGCUUUGACGCUUCCCAGACCUGCAUCCGCGUGUCUCCUCUCCGCUGCAGAAGUAGGGGAGGAAAUGGAAAGCCACACACCCCACCCCCUCCAGUCUGGAGCUGUUAACAGAAGCGGCUAGAAACUGGCUCUGCUCAUCCCAUUUGAUCAUGCCUUCUUUUGCACAGAAUCUGUACGUUCACCAGUUCUCGUUAGACGUCAGAUAACUUUGUUUUCACUUGGGUAUGCUCAAGCUACAUGGCAUGCUUAUUUUAGAGUCUUGUUGAAAGUUCAUGAAGCUGUUUAAUAAGUUGAUACACUCCAAGGAGACCUUUACCCUCUGUGGUUUACUGUUCUCUUAAGGAAUAAACCCUCCCAUUGUAUUUCCUUUCCCGCACAAGGGUAAGAUUAAGUAAAAUUUUAUACAUUAUUCAAUUAAAAAUAGUGAUCCAACUGGGAUAUAUCAUGGAAUUGGUUAUUUAAUUUACAUUUAAGUCAGCUAAUCCCUUUCCCCACCUUUCAUUCGUAGUAAAGAUGAAGCCAGUCAUGGGAUGGUCAGGCACCUGCUCACUCAGCAAACUGAGUGCUUUAAGAUACUGGACGUUGCAGGGGCAUCUGGGUGGCUCAGUCGGUUAAGUGCCGACUUCAGGUCAUGAUCUUGCAGUUCAUGAGUUCAGGCCCUGCAUCGGGCUCUGUGCUGACGUCUCUGCUUAGGAAUCCGUGUCUCCCUCUCUCUCUCUGCCCCUCCCCCACUCGUGCUUGUUUUUCUUCUCUCUCUCUCUCUCGAUAAUAAACAUGAAAAUUAAAAAAAGAUACUGGAUAUUGCAUUCUGGCACAGGAUUUUUUUGUGACAUACUAUUUUCAUGAUCACCAAGAUAAUGAUAGUUCACUGAGGGCAAAACAAAAAUGUAAAAAUCCUCUUACGUGGGUAUUGGAAUCAGUUAUCCCAGCUUACAUUUUGAGUAUGAUCAAGCCAGAACAAAACAUUGAAACCGGCCCCCCCCAAUUCAAACCACAGUGAAGCAGUAAAUAAAAGCACUCCACUGCUGAUUUUGUACAGAGAGUAGGAUCAGCCCCCGGUUUCUAGCAUGUGGUUUUGCUUACGUGAUGAGUAUGAACUGUUGACAGACUGAGAUCUCCGCUUCCAUUACGGCCCAAACGCAGUUGUCCCUCUCCAUCAAUUAGCAUCCGUGGGGAUUAGCCCAUCUACUUUGUCACUCUUGUUUUUAUUGGAAUAUUGCUAGGUAUGUUUACU